GACAGGUGAGUGCAUUCGUGCGUUGACUCUUGAGUGGUUGGAUGUGUGUACUAACAUCACUAAAUUCGUUUUCGAUUUUAUUCGUCAUACACAUUUCGAGAGUGCGACGCCAAACUUGAUUUUAAAUAUUUCGUUUAAUACCAUUAAAUUUCUAGUGAUUUUUAUUAUUUAUACCGAUUCUAGAUCAUUUAAAUUUUUAAGUGAUUUAACAAAUCUGAUGAUGGACGAAGACAUACGAUACCAACGUCUUCCACAAUCGUUUUCAGUCAGAGAGCUCGGUUCUUCCGAAGCCAAAGGUUUAUGGGGAAUAAAACACACGCGGAAACCGGUCGACUUUAUGGUGGCUAAAGCAAAAACUUCACCAAAUCCAUUACCACCUCAAGUUGAGCUUCGAAUUACUGAAGGCGGAUGCGAGAUUAUUGGAAACAAAUUUAAAAAAAAAUUCCCUAUACACACAGUUUCUUAUGGAGUUCAAGAUUUGGUUUAUACAAGAGUUUUCUGUAUGAUUGUCGUUAAAGAACAAAUUAGUACAGACAGAAAACCAUUUGAUUGUGUAGCGUUUGUUUGUGAGAGCCGUCAAGCAGCAAGAAAUUUAACUUAUGCUCUAGCAACAGCAUUUCAAGCUUAUAGCAGAAAAGUACGUAAUACUGGAGCGUCUAAAUCUCGUUUUGCAAUUGAUUUAAGAACAUCUGAUGAACUAGAAAUGGAUCUUAAAAAAAUCGAUUCCGAGGCUUAAUGUUUUCCAGUUGUUUAUUUUAAUUUAAAGUUAACUGUCGUUUGUUAAGAAUAUUGUUUAUAAGAGUUGUAUAAUUUGCAAAUUUAUACGUUAAAAAUAUACAUAUGUAUUUAUUAAA